UCCCGCCUCCCUCCCCAGCAGCUCCUCCCCAUAAACUCCCCUCCUCAUCAGCUCCUCCCAGAUCUCCCCUCUCCCCGCUUUCUCACUCCAGCUUCUCCCCGCCUCCUCGCUCCCCUCCCCCUCCGCCGCUGCUCCCUGCCCCCGCCGCUGCCGAUCUCCAUCUCCGCAGUCUGGGCCGCUGGGUGCAGAGGCUGCUGCAGACCCAGCGGCCACCGCCGCCUCCCUCAAUCCCAAUAUCCAUUGUCUCCCACCCCGCCUGGCCCUCCACUUCCCCCACAACCAUGGCGCACGAAUCCGGGAGGAGCUCUUGUCUCGGGGUGCCCUGCGGGGAGCCGGCAGAGCUCGGAGGUGAUGCUAGCGAGGAGGAUCACCCCCAAGUCUGUGCCAAGUGCUGCGCACAAUUCACUGACCCAGCUGAAUUCCUCGCCCACCAGAACGCAUGUUCUACUGACCCUCCUGUAAUGGUGAUAAUUGGGGGCCAGGAGAACCCCAACAACUCUUCGGCCUCCUCUGAACCCCGGCCUGAGGGUCACAAUAAUCCUCAGGUCAUGGACACAGAGCAUAGCAACCCCCCAGAUUCUGGGUCCUCCGUGCCCACGGAUCCCACCUGGGGCCCAGAGAGGAGAGGAGAGGAGUCUUCAGGGCAUUUCCUGGUCGCUGCCACAGGUACAGCGGCUGGGGGAGGCGGGGGCCUGAUCUUGGCCAGUCCCAAGCUGGGAGCAACCCCAUUACCUCCAGAAUCGACCCCUGCACCCCCUCCUCCUCCACCACCCCCUCCACCCCCAGGGGUAGGCAGUGGCCACUUGAAUAUCCCCCUGAUCUUGGAAGAGCUACGGGUGCUGCAGCAGCGGCAGAUCCAUCAGAUGCAGAUGACUGAGCAAAUCUGCAGGCAGGUGCUGUUGCUUGGCUCCUUAGGCCAGACGGUUGGUGCCCCUGCCAGUCCCUCAGAGCUACCUGGGACAGGGACUGCCUCUUCCACCAAGCCCCUACUACCCCUCUUCAGCCCCAUCAAGCCUGUGCAAACCAGCAAGACACUGGCAUCUUCCUCCUCCUCCUCUUCCUCUUCAGGGGCAGAAACGCCCAAGCAGGCCUUCUUCCACCUUUACCACCCACUGGGGUCACAGCAUCCUUUCUCUGCUGGAGGGGUUGGGCGAAGCCACAAACCCACCCCUGCCCCUUCCCCAGCCUUGCCAGGCAGCACAGAUCAGCUGAUUGCCUCGCCUCAUCUGGCAUUCCCAAGCACCACGGGACUACUGGCAGCACAGUGUCUUGGGGCAGCCCGAGGCCUUGAGGCCACUGCCUCCCCAGGGCUCCUGAAGCCAAAGAAUGGAAGUGGUGAGCUGAGCUACGGAGAAGUGAUGGGUCCCUUGGAGAAGCCUGGUGGAAGGCACAAAUGCCGCUUCUGUGCCAAAGUAUUUGGCAGUGACAGUGCCCUGCAGAUCCACCUUCGUUCCCACACGGGUGAGAGGCCCUAUAAGUGCAAUGUCUGUGGAAACCGUUUUACCACCCGUGGCAACCUCAAAGUGCAUUUCCAUCGGCAUCGUGAGAAGUACCCACAUGUGCAGAUGAACCCACACCCAGUACCAGAGCACCUAGACUAUGUCAUUACCAGCAGUGGCUUGCCUUAUGGUAUGUCCGUGCCACCAGAGAAGGCCGAGGAGGAGGCAGCCACUCCAGGUGGAGGGGUUGAGCGCAAGCCUCUGGUGGCCUCCACAACAGCACUCAGUGCCACAGAGAGCCUGACUCUGCUCUCCACCAGUGCAGGCACAGCCACGGCUCCAGGACUCCCUGCUUUCAAUAAGUUUGUGCUCAUGAAAGCAGUGGAACCCAAGAAUAAAGCUGAUGAAAACACCCCCCCAGGGAGUGAGGGCUCAGCCAUCAGUGGAGUGGCAGAAAGUAGCACGGCAACUCGCAUGCAACUAAGUAAGUUGGUGACUUCACUGCCAAGCUGGGCACUGCUUACCAACCACUUCAAGUCCACUGGCAGCUUCCCCUUCCCCUAUGUGCUAGAGCCCUUGGGGGCCUCACCCUCUGAGACAUCAAAGCUGCAGCAACUGGUAGAAAAGAUUGACCGGCAAGGAGCUGUGGCAGUGACCUCAACUGCCUCAGGAGCCCCCACCACCUCUGCCCCUGCACCUUCAUCCUCAGCCUCUUCUGGACCUAACCAGUGUGUCAUCUGUCUCCGGGUGCUUAGCUGUCCUCGGGCCCUACGCCUUCAUUAUGGCCAACAUGGAGGUGAGAGGCCGUUCAAAUGCAAAGUGUGUGGCAGAGCCUUCUCCACCAGGGGUAAUCUGCGUGCACAUUUCGUGGGUCACAAGGCCAGUCCAGCUGCCCGGGCACAGAAUUCCUGCCCCAUCUGCCAGAAGAAGUUCACCAAUGCUGUCACUCUGCAGCAGCAUGUCCGGAUGCACCUGGGGGGCCAGAUCCCCAAUGGUGGUACUGCACUCCCUGAAGGUGGAGGAGCUGCUCAGGAGAAUGGCUCCAAGCAAUCUACAGUCUCCGGGGCAGGGAGUUUCCCCCAGCAGCAGUCCCAGCAGCCAUCACCGGAAGAGGAGUUGUCUGAGGAGGAGGAAGAGGAGGAUGAGGAAGAAGAGGAAGAUGUGACUGAUGAAGAUUCCCUGGCAGGGAGAGGCUCAGAGAGUGGAGGUGAGAAGGCAAUAUCAGUGAGAGGUGAUUCAGAAGAGGCAUCUGGGGCAGAGGAGGAGGUGGGGACAGUGGCGGCAGCAGCCACAGCUGGGAAGGAGAUGGACAGUAAUGAGAAAGCUACUCAACAGUCUUCUUUGCCACCACCGCCACCACCUGACAGCCUGGAUCAGCCUCAGCCAAUGGAGCAGGGAAGCAGUGAUGUUUUAGGAGGCAAGGAAGAGGGGGGCAAACCGGAGAGAAGCUCAAGUCCGGCAUCAGCACUCACCCCAGAAGGGGAAGGCACCAGCGUGACCUUGGUAGAGGAGCUGAGCCUGCAGGAGGCAAUGAGAAAGGAGCCAGGAGAGAGCAGCAGCAGAAAGGCCUGCGAAGUGUGUGGCCAGGCCUUUCCCUCCCAGGCAGCUCUGGAGGAGCAUCAGAAGACCCACCCCAAGGAGGGGCCGCUCUUCACUUGUGUUUUCUGCAGGCAGGGCUUUCUUGAGCGGGCUACCCUCAAGAAGCAUAUGCUACUGGCACACCACCAGAACCAGUAUGUGGCAUUCCUGUCAAGUGGCCUGCCCAUGAAGCCCUGGAAUUCCAGCUCCACCUCCACUACCACUCCAAGCCUGGCCCCACCAGUGCUGUUUGGCCUAGGAACUGUGGCUGGGAAGGUGCCUCCAACAAUGGGAUCCAGGGAAGCCAAGGAGAAGACAGCCCCCCUGCUAUUUCAGCCUCCUGCACCCAAGGCAGUGCCUGAGAAGCCCAUCAUAGACAAGAAGUAGCAAACUGUACAUUCCUUCUCCCUCCCCCUGCUCCAGAAGGUGCCGGUACUGAAGACGCUCCAGUAAUUGGUGACCCAACCCUAGGAAGUAGGGAGAAAUUAAGGAAGGGCAUAGGAAAAUUUUCCCAGUAAAUCCCCUGAUGGUCACAUUAAGGUAAAGGUUUUGGCUGGUCAGUGUGCCAAGACCUCUCCAGCUUCUCAUUCAUGAUGACCUCUCAAAGUUGGGAAACAAGCUGAUUUCUUGCCAAGAGGUCUCCCAGGAGAUAUCUGGGAAAUGUGAAGUUCGUAUCUUUAAGGAGCAUUUUUGGUCAGCAUGGUUGAUGAACUAAUGAUGAGAGAGUUAAGGAAUGUUGCUAGAACAUAGGGCUUGCUGGUACCUAUGUGACUAAGAAAGGGACAUGAUGUAAGGGAAAAGGCCUCAAAUUGUUGUGAAUGUGGACAUUCUCGUUAGUAAUCUUUUGGGCUAAUAGUGACAUAGUGUGCAGAGGUGUACCAAGGAUCAUGGGGGAUUUCCUAGCACUAGUAUGCUUCUAGUUUUAGAUAACUCCCUCCUUUAUUCCCUGGCCCCUUGUAUUUUCCUUAUCUUCCUCUUUCAAGACCCCUACCCAUUUUGCCUAUCCGUAGGCUGGGGCUUGUGUCUUUGUCAUUGUCUGGUUCUUAAGAGUCCCAGACUUUGGGAGACCAGCUCCAGGUGGCGUCCUCCCUGCCUCUCCGUCUUGUAAUGAGUUGUAGUAUUUACUCUUAACAUAGGAUCAUUUGGAACAGGAGUUCUGAGGAGGAGAGAGUGAGGGUUUUGCUAUUGACUGACUUGAACGAUGGCUUCUCCUCAAGCUGUAGGCUCCAGAGCUUCCUAACCUAGUAAAAUGUCAAGAACAGACGGGAAAUAUUAGUGUCUUUCCCUCUAUCAUUAAAGGUGUUUUAACCAAA